GCCAAACAUGCUACUUGGGCUGUUUGGACAGGAGGGAUACAUGACCAUAGACCCCAAGAACGUAGAAGCUAUCCUCUCUACACACUUUGAAGAUUGGGGCCUAGGGAGUCGUCGUGAAGGCUUGUAUCCCCUACUCGGAGAAGGUAUUUUUACACAGGACGGACGACCAUGGAAGCACUCUCGCGAGCUUCUCCGCCGCCAAUUCGCACGAAUGCCAUACCAGAACCUUAAGGUGUUCGAUGAGGCUGUUAACAACCUUAUCACCGGACUGUUGUCCGCAAGCGAUGGCAUUGUAGAUUUACAACCACACUUUUUCCGCUUCACCCUGGCCACCACGACUGAUCUCAUCUUCGGAGAGCCAGUCCAUUCCCUCGGCGAUGACGUGCAAGACCACUUCUCCACCAGCUUUGACUAUGCUUCGAUGAUUUCCGCGAUUAGACUGCGCCUUGCGGAUUUCCAUUGGCUGUAUAAGACGAAGAAGUUUAGAAACGCUUGUGGAGUGGUGAAAAAGUAUGCUAAACACUUCGUAGCGCUCGCUUUGGAUGACAUGAAGGAGUCUAGAGAGGAUCAUGACUCUGGAAAGCACGUCUUCAUCCACGAUCUCUACAAAGACCUCAAGGACCCGGCCUUGGUACGAGAUCAACUCGUCAACGUUCUCAUUGCUGGACGAGACACCACCGCCUGUCUUAUGUCAUGGACCUUCUUCCUCCUCGUCCGCCACCCCCUUGUGCUCGACCGCCUCCGCAGAGAAAUAGCCGCCAUCGUCCCAGAAACCGAGCCCUUCACCCGAUCCCACAUUGCCAAGAUCUCCUACCUCAAGUGCGUCCUCAACGAAACCCUUCGCCUCUACCCCCAACUCCCCGUCAACGUCCGCGUUGCCCUCAAGACCACCAUCCUCCCCUCCGGCGGCGGCCCCACGGGCACAUCACCGGUGUUGGUCCGCAAAGGCACUGGCGUCGGCUACUCGGUAUACCACAUGCACCGCCUGACGUCGCUGUACGGGCCCGAUGCACACCAGUUCCGCCCCGAACGGUGGGAAGGCACGGAUUUGGAGCGUAAGGUUGGUUGGGGGUUCAUGCCGUUCCACGGGGGGCCGAGAAUAUGUCUGGGAAAGGAUUUCGCGCUCAUGGAAGCGUCGUAUGGUAUUGUGAAAAUCAUUCAGACAUUCCCGGGCUUGAGACUGCCGCCUGAGGUCGAGAAGGAGGAGACGGGGCAAGAGAGGCAGAAUCUUACUAUUGUGGUGACGAGUGCAGAGGGUUGUAAGGUGCUGCUGCGUUGAGCGCUAUUGCAACAUCGUGGUGGGAUCUUUCUAAUGAAGGAAAAGUUUGUUGUCGCGUGAGUGCAGUUAGGAAGCACACCUUUAGAGCCUUAGGAUGUCACAAGUGGCUAGGAAAUGCAGCGGAAGAGCCCUAGCUAGAACUUCUUGCGUCGUUCCCAAGUCUACCACAAUCCUACAAUCAUCCAACCCCAGUGCCCACGCCAUUAAAAUG